UGGAAAAACUUGUACUUCAUAUUGGAGGGAAAUGAUGCCCAUCUUAUUUAUUUUGAAAGUGAAAAACGAGCCACAAAACCUAAAGGAUUAAUAGACCUUAGUGUGUGUUCCAUCUAUGGAGUACAUGACAGUUUAUUUGGCAGGUACGACACUGAUUUUUUAAUUCUUGUACAUGCAGCAGGGCAGUUAACUGCUAGUUUGAGGUAUGUACGGUACAUGGACAAUAUGUCAGUAAUGAACAAGGUGGGUUUUUUUGUUGUUGUUGUUUAUUUGUUGUUGUUGUUGUUGUUGUUUUCUGAUUGUGAAAUGUAAGCAUUGUGACUUAGUUUAUAUUGUGUUUUAUUCCGUAGUUGGUGUAGAUUGCAAGAGUGUAUGUAGACAGAUUUAACUGAUUAAUGGUAACUCGUUAAGCCAUGGCAACUUGAUUGCUAGCAACUGUUCAUAAACAAAUUGUAGUAACAAAUUUUAGAACUUAGUCUUAAGAUUGUCUUGUGUGUAAUAAUGAUUUGGGCUCUUGCAUUGUCAUUUUUCAAUAUUGCGUAUUAAUUGUUCCCCAUUUUGUAUUACAGGCAUUAAAAAGAUUAUGAAGCAACUCUAUUGAGGGUUUUAAUCCUAUUGAACCAAAAAUUGACAAGAUCAAGAAUUUUGUCAGUUCCAAAAGAUCUGCAUUAUUUUGUUGCUAGGUAUUGGAAAGCUAAAUUGGGGGGUUGAAACUACUCUAUGUUCAAUGCUCCUUACAGUCAAACAGCAGAAAUGUAUUAGUUCAGUGUGAACUUUGAUUUGGCAGAUAUCAAGAAAUGGAGGCAUUUGUCAAUACUACAAAGAUUAAUAAACCUUAUGGGUUUUGUUCCUUUAUUAAGGCCAAACUGUUUUCAGAUAGUAGUUCAGCACUUCAGUGAAGAGCAUUACAUCUUUUACUUUGCAGGAGAAACUCCAGAACAAACACAGGACUGGAUGAAGGCUCUGCAGAUGUUUUGCAGUUUAAGAAAAAACAAUCCAGGGAAAUCCAAUAAACGUCUACGUCAGGUCAGCAGUCUUAUUUUGCAUGUAGAAGAAGCUCAUACACUCCCAGUAAAACAUUUUACUAAUCCGUAUUGUAACAUCUACCUGAACAGUGUCCAGGUAGCAAAAACACAUAUCAGGGAAGGGCAGAACCCCGUAUGGUCAGAAGAAUUUGUCUUUGAUGAUCUUUCAUCUGAUAUUAAUAGAUUUGAGAUAAGUCUUAGUAACAAAACAAAGAAAAGUAAAGAUCCAGAUAUAUUGUUUAUGCGUUGCCAAUUAAGCCGAUUACAGAAAGGACAUGCAACAGAUGAGUGGUUUCAACUCAGUUCCCAUAUACCACUAAAGGGUAUUGAGCCAGGAUCUUUGCGUGUUCGAGUACGAUAUUCUAUGGAGAAGAUCAUGCCAGAAGAGGAGUAUAGUGAGUUUAAAGAGCUCAUACUUCAGAAAGAGUUGCAUGUAGUCUAUGCCUUAUCACAUGUUUGUGGACAGAAUAGAACACUCUUGGCUGGCAUUUUAUUGAAGAUUUUUCUUCAUGAAAAGCUUGAGUCACUAUUGUUACGAACACUAAAUGACAAGGAAAUAAGCAUGGAAGAUGAAGCUACUACUUUGUUUCGUGCCACCACUUUAGCAAGUACACUUAUGGAGCAGUAUAUGAAAGCCACAGCAACACGUUUUGUUCACCAUGCACUGAAAGACUGUAUAUUAAAGAUAAUGGAGAGCAAGCAGUCCUGUGAGUUAAAUCCCUCAAAAUUAGAAAAAAAUGAAGAUAUAAACACUAAUUUGGCACAUCUACUCAGUAUACUUUCAGAAUUGGUGGAAAAAAUAUUCAUGGCUGCAGAGAUACUACCUCCGUAACACUGAGAUAUAUUUAUGGAUAUUU